UCGCAAAUCCGGGUGACGUUUGGUGAGUCACAUCCGGCAUCUCCGCGACUCGGCCUUUCCGUCCCUAACAGCGGCAGAGAGACCUUUAGCCGCUGAAUUGGCAGACGCAAGCAAGACUUGUUGGAAAGAUCAUUUAGGGAUCGGGAAAGCAUUUCAAGCAGAACCAACCAUGCUGCGCCCACUUACAGGUGUACUUGGGGCUUUGCGUCGGACUUACGGUGUUUCGUCCGGUGGUUACCGUAAUGGAGGAAGUCGAGGAAUCAGUGGUCAGAGGAAUGGCUUUGGGGGAGGUGGUGGAGGAGCAGGACGGUUCGGCAACCGAGGCACUAUGGGUGGCGGAGGUGGAGGACCAGGUCGUAACAUGCGAGGAGGCAACGGAGUCGGAGUAGGUAGCAACCUUCGCAAGCCCAACUGGGAGUACGAGAACUUGAAGCCCUUCAAGAAGGACUUCUACGUGCCCCACCCGAACGUCCAGACCCGUCAUCCUAGGGAGGUGGACAUCUACCGAGAGGAGAAGCAAAUCACCCUGAAGGGCGAAAAGGUUCCCAACCCAAUCCAGUUCUUCGAGGAGGGCAACUUCCCCGACUAUGUGAUGCAGGGCAUUCGCAAGCAGGGCUUUUCAGAGCCCACUGCCAUUCAGGCCCAGGGUUGGCCGAUCGCCAUGUCGGGGCAGAACAUGGUGGGCAUCGCCCAGACUGGCUCAGGAAAGACCUUGGGCUACAUUCUACCAGCGAUCGUGCACAUCAACAGCCAGCAGCCUCUCAACCGAGGAGAUGGCCCGAUAGCCCUGGUGCUCGCUCCCACCAGGGAGCUGGCGCAGCAGAUCCAGACCGUGGCCAAUGACUUUGGAUCGCUGUCUUAUGUUAGGAACACCUGCAUCUUUGGUGGGGCCCCCAAGGCCUCGCAGGCUCGAGAUCUGGAACGUGGCGUGGAGAUUUGCAUUGCUACUCCGGGCAGACUCAUCGACUUCCUCGAAAGAGGCACCACGAAUCUCCGUAGGUGCACCUACUUGGUCCUUGACGAGGCGGACCGCAUGCUAGACAUGGGAUUCGAGCCACAGAUCAGAAAGAUCAUUGAGCAGAUCAGACCAGACAGACAAGUGCUCAUGUGGUCCGCCACUUGGCCUAAGGAGGUUAGGAAUCUUGCUGAAGAAUAUCUUACCAACUACACCCAGCUCAAUAUUGGUUCUCUCAGCCUUGCUGCCAAUCACAAUAUUCUUCAGAUCGUCGAUGUUUGCCAAGAAAACGAGAAGGAAUCCAAAUUGGGUAACCUUCUGCAGGAGAUCGGUAACGUUAACGAAGACGGAGGAAAAACGAUCAUUUUUGUGGAAACCAAGAAGAAAGUAGAAAACAUCACGAGGAACAUUCGUCGCUAUGGUUGGCCCGCAGUGUGUAUGCACGGGGACAAAUCGCAACAGGAACGUGAUCAUGUUCUCAGAGAGUUUAGGAACAAGAAAGGUUCGAUUCUUGUAGCAACAGACGUUGCUGCUCGUGGACUGGACGUCGACGAUGUCAAGUACGUUAUCAACUUCGACUAUCCCUCAUCGUCGGAGGACUACAUCCACAGGAUUGGUAGGACUGGGCGAUGCCAGAGCACUGGCACCAGCUACGCAUUUUUCACGCCGCAGAACAGCCGACAGGCUAAGGAUCUCAUUAACGUUCUCCAAGAGGCUAACCAGGUUGUCAACCCGAAACUCUCCGAACUGGCUGCGAGGGGUGGUGGUGGCGGCUACGGUGGACGUAACCGUUGGGGCUAUGGCGGUGGACGCGGUAGGGAGAACUCCUUCGCCGGCGUGCACAAGCGCUUCGACACUGGACGCAACAGCUAUAACAACUACAGUUGAUUCGGCGGAGUACUCGCUGCCGAUGGUCGUGGUAUCGCGCGAAACGCGACCCCCUGGGGUCCGGAUCCGACUCGCCAUCCGUAGGAAAUGAAGAAAGAAGAAAAGAAAAGAAGAAAAACGCAAAAAAGGCGCGCGACCCGAGUCGGACAGUAACCAAGGAUCAUCCACGCCGUUGUGUCCCUUCCUUUUCUCUCUCUCUUUUUCUAUUUAAUAUCCUGCCCCGGGAGCUCUCUUCUAUCCACGCGCGCGCGCACAGAGGGGGAAGAACGAAAGCACGGCCGAGUAUUAAAUACACCAGCCCCGCGUGUUUCGGUGACAAAAAGGAGCGAGGAAUCGCCUCCUCCGCAACUGGAUGCUGGCGAGGAUUUGCGACCGAUCAAGUACAAAACAAAAAAGAAAGAAAAAAAAAGAAGGAUGGGAAAGGGAGAAGCGUGCAUCCCUCCGAGGGCGAAGGAAAAGUCCGCGGUGGAAUUCUCGAUUCCUCUCCCGAGAGAAUGUGUUUUUAGCAAAUCGCGAGUCUCUUCCUCGGGGCUGCGCGCGUUUUUACCCUGGGAUUAAAUGUGUUAUGUGUACGUGGAUUGGUAGGACCGUCGAGUACCUGUAGAGAAGGUAUCAGAGAUACGGCGGAAGAGAGUAUGUGUGUAUGUGCGAGAGCGUGCCGCCCCGCCGCGAGGACGACGCGGUGCGCGGGAUCUUUCCGAUCCCGGAACUCGUGGCUUAGAAAGCGUCGACAAAAGAGUCGAUUCGGAUCUUCGGGUGUUCGGGCGGGACGCCCGAGAGAGAGAAGGUACUCUCGUGAACUUUCAGUAUUCAUUCCAAGGAUCAAAUGGAAUGGCCCGGGCAGCGGCCCCGGUCGGCGGUCGCCUGGUUUCGACCCUGGAGCUUACAGAAAUCGAGGAGGUGUAUUAUGGUACAUUUCGAGGGUUCGGAGACGAUUAAACAAAAAGAAUAAUCUUCCCCUGCCAAGCCUUUCCGGAAGUAUGCGCACUGCGAAUCGAGCGAAAUUUAAGCGAUAACGUAAAUGAAAAAUAUGAAGGAAUUGAUUCCUUACUUUCAAUGAGAAAUUUGUUCUAUUUGUGGCAUCACUAGAGAUGUGAUAAAUGCUACACGUUGUAAACCUGAGCGGUAAGAACCAGGAAUGUUUACAGGUGGAAGAUAUCUUUUUGAUCAACGAUUAUAACUCGUAUUGAAAGCGCUGGUUCUCGUCCGAUCAUCAAAGUUGAACAACAUUAGGCGCGGUCAAUACUUGGAUGGGUUUAAUGUAUAGAAUCGCCGCGUAGCGAAGAUAAAUUAACGCAACUUUCGAGAUUUUGAAUGUUACCGAAGGUGUCCAGAUAUGAUACCGCAGGCUAAAGUACGCCCUAGAUGGCGCUGCGGAUCGCUUCCGUUGAGCACUCUUCGAGUACCAUUUUUGUCUCUUAUAUUUGUAUGCGCUCCAUGGGUGGCGAUCACGUGACUCCCCGGAUCAGCUGAGUGACGGAGGGUCAGGUGGUCGAUUGACACGACUCACGUGAUCCGAGAUCGGCCGAUCGUUCUUCGACCGGGGCUUGACAAGUUCCGCGGGCAGUUUUCUACAGCUCCGGUUUGUAACGAUUAAAUGAAUUUUCUGUUUCUUUGAUAUAAUCCGUAGCUUGUGCAGACCCUUGUUACACCGGAAAACAAAAAAAAAAAGCGAACGUUGCGUAACUCGGAACUCGCGGGGGAUAUCCUUCGGAUACGUUCGGCGGCGCCGCCGGAUUUUGAUUUUUCACCCUUAACGAUUCGUCGGUCCGCGGAACAUUUCGAGAUUAAUGUAAUAAUCGGAAUCCGUAGUCGGUCUGGGCAAGUCGGUUAUUUAGUUUUCCCGUUUCCGUGCCGUGUGCAGCAUUUUAUGCAGAUUCUAGCGUGCACACCUAUAGCGAUGUAUGUCACGAUUUACAGUACCAAGAAUAAAAAAAGAAUUGAAAGCCAGGUG